AUGGACUAUUCCAACUUUGCCGGUCAUCAGUCCCAGUCAUUCUCAACGCUCUACGGGCUGCCCACCCCCGAUCAGCAACCCCAGCCUCAGUCCGACGAUGGGAUGCGUGAUGCAUUCUCCUUGAAUACCUACAAUCAAUACUUCCCGGGCUUCGACCCCUCAUUCCGCCUUGACUCCUCCUCUUCCUCCUUUGUUCCGCCACCACACUCACCCCCGGACUCUUUCACCAAGCACUCGGUAUCAAGCAAUGAUAUUCAUCACAAUAACAAGCCCGAACCAGCGUCAAUUGACGGAGACGAUAACCAGUACGCAGACCCCGCCGCGGGGCGGAGUAGCAGCGAGGAGAAAGAGUCGGCGACCCCCGCGCAAAGCAAGCGCAAGGCACAGAAUCGAGCAGCCCAACGAGCAUUCCGAGAACGAAAGGAGCGCCAUGUAAAAGACCUCGAAGACAAAGUCACCAACCUUGAACAAGCAUCCUCAACCCUCCAAGCAGACAACGAGCGCCUCAAGCGCGAGCUGGCCAAAUAUGCGACCGAGAAUGAGAUUCUUCGCGCCACCUCUCACUCCCUCAACGGCGGCAACGGCCCCGCCAAAGACCGCGCCGAGCCAAUCGUCACCGGCCCUCUGAAAUUCACCCCGACAGACUUCUACGCCCACCUCAUGCCCGAAAGCGCGGGAUCAGGGUCAACCUCGGGACUCGGGUCUGCAGUGCCUCAAAGCCCGCAGCAUCGUGUCACGUUGUGUCAGACUACCGGGGAGAAGUUGCUCGAUGCCGGCGCGACAUGGGAUCUCAUCCAGGCUCACGAGCUGUUUAAGCGCGGGCAAGUCGACAUCGGCGACGUCACCGAGCGGUUGAAGGGUAUGGCUCAAUGUGAUGGGCAAGGUCCUGCUUUUAGGGAAGGCCAGGUGCGAAGGGCAAUCGAGGAGAGCGCAGCCGACCGCGAUGAAUUAAUCUAA